GUCUCAUUUACCUAUGUGUGUCCGCCUCCCCCAUAUACAGCAUGACACCUGCCACACACAAGCUUCCAGAGCAUGGAGGUCAUAUAGGCAAGCACAGUGUCUCCACGUGACCAAAACAGAGUCAUCUCAAGGGUCCAGCGGGAGAGUCCCCGGCCUCCACCCACCCAAAGCCAGGCCCCAAGUCUAGACACAUGUCCUCCACUCCCUCCCCCAGAGAUGACGCGGGAAGGUGACCAGCUCAGGGAGCCCAGACGCCAGGCGAGCCCCCCGGGAAAGAGGCUCAGCUUCCGCCUUCUGCCCUCACCCAGUGCGAGUCACAGUGUCUGGGGAAUGAGCGUGUCCCAGGGCAGUUCCAAGUGCCUGAGAUGCUCUUGCCGCUGCUCUUAGCCGUGCUGUGGGCCGGGUCAUGGGCUCAGAAUCCAGCUUUCCAGCUGCAGGUGCAGGAGUUGGUGAGGGUGCAGGAAGGCCUGUGCGUGGUCGUGCCCUGCUCCGUCUCCUAUCCCGUAAUAGGUUGGGUUCCCUCCACCCCAGCUUACGGCUUCUGGUUCAAAGAACCGACCGCCACAGACAGUGGUCUGCCAGUGGCCACAAACAAGGCGGAUCGAGACGUGCAAGCACACACCCGAGGCCGAUUCCAGCUCCUGGGCGAUCCCAGACAGAAUUGCUCUUUGCUCAUCAGAGAUGUACACAUGGAGGACAGUGCAUCGUACUUCUUUCGGUUGGAGAGAGGCUAUUACGUGCGAUAUAAUUUCGUGGAAUACAAGUUCCGUCUGGAGGUGACAGCCCUGACUCAGAAGCCAGAGAUCUACGUCCCAGAGACUCUGAAGCCUGGGCACCAGGUGACGCUCAUCUGUAUGUUUCACUGGACCUUUGAGGAAUGUCCAGCCCCUACUCUCUCCUGGAGGGGGGCCACCGUCUCCUCCCACGAGGCCAGACCAAGAACUUCCUACCUCUCAGCCCUCACCUUCACGCCCAGACCGCAGGACCACGGCACUGAGCUCACCUGUCGAGUGGACGUCUCCAGAAGGGGACUGAGCACAGAGGACACCGUCCUGCUGAGCGUGGCCUAUGCCCCCAAAGACCUGGUGAUCAGCAUUUCCCAGACCGAUGUAUCAGCCCUGGAGCCGCAGGGAAACAGCCCCCAUCUGGAAGUCCAGAAAGGCCAGUUCCUGCGGCUACUCUGUACAGCCGACAGCGUGCCGCUGGCCACACUGAGCUGGGCCCUGCAGGACAGAAUCCUCUCUUGGUCCCACCCCUCGGGCUCCAGAACCCUGGAGCUGGUGCUGCCCCGGGUGAAGGCUGAGGACGCGGGUCGCUACACCUGCCGAGCUGAGAACGGGCUUGGCUCUCAGAGCCGCAGCCUGGAACUCUCCGUGCAGUAUGCCCCAGAGAACGUGAAAGUGAUGGUCUCCCAGGGAAAUAGGACAGUCCUGGAAAACUUCAGAAAUGGUACAUCUCUUCCGGUCCUGGAAGGCCAAAGCCUGCGUCUGCUCUGUGUCGCUCACAGCAACCCCCCAGCCCGGCUGAGCUGGGCCCGAGGGGGACAGACUCUGAGCCCCUCCCAGCCCUCAGAUCCUGGGGUCCUGGAGCUGCCUCAGAUACAAACAGAGCAUGAAGGAGAAUUCACCUGCCGAGCUCAGAACCCUCUGGGCUCCCAGAAUACGUCUCUGAGCCUCUCGGUGGUCUACCCCCCGCAGCUGCUGGGACCCUCCUGCUCCCAGGAGGAGGAGGGUCUGCACUGCGACUGUUCCUCCCGAGCCCAGCCGGCCCCCUCCCUGCGCUGGCGGCUGGGGGAGGGGCUGCUGGAGGGGAAUUUCAGCAGCGCCUCCUUCAAGGUCACCUCCAGCUCGGCUGGGCCCUGGGUCAACAGCUCCCUGAGCCUCCGCGAGGGGCUCAGCUCUGGCCUCAGACUCAGCUGCGAGGCCCAGAACGUCCACGGGGCCCAGAGCGCCACUGUCCUGCUGCUGCCAGAUGAGAAGGGAUUCGCCUCCAAAGCGUUCUCCAGCGGAAUAUUUCUAGGAAUUGGCCUCAUGACCCUCCUUCUCCUCUGCUUCAUCCUGAUCGUGCUCAGCAACAGAAAACCAAACCCAGCAGUCCUUCCUGGGCCACUGUUCCAGACGCUCACCCCCCGGAACCCAGAAAGAACCAGAAGGAGCUCUAUCUUGUUUCCCACGGUAGUCCAGGGCCCAGAUCAUCCCCUCCAGCCCCAGAAUCAGAGAGCAACCAGGAGGAGACCCAUUAUGCCGUCCUCAACUUCCCAGGCCUCAGACCAUGGGACACCCAGAGGCCCAAGGGUACUCACUCAGAGUAUGCUGAAAUCCAGUUCCACUGAGCAUCUGUCUGCUGGGUUGGAGGACUUGGACCCAGGCCGGGGAGAAAGGCAGAACGAUUGGGAAGAGGAGAACAGAGUGCAGUCUGUCUGUCUUUCUGUCUCCCUCUCUCUCUCAUUUCAUCGUCCAAGGAUGGGAUGAUCCCAUCCCAGAUCCUAGCGUCUUGGAACAGCCUGGUCAAUGUCUCCAGAGCAGCCUUCUCCAAAUACACUAUUCUAAGCAAGGUAAAGCUUCUCCUCUGACACACCUAGGCACCACCCUGGCUGAAUACUCAACAGUCUCAGUUUCUCAGCGGUGGGAGGGCCUUGAAAGAUGACCAAGCGCUCAUCUUCGCCGACCUCACAGGUCAAGUCUGGGCCGCUGCCUAGUUUGCUGCCACCUGUGAGCCAAGAGUGUGUUUUACAUUUUAAAUGGUUAAGGGGAAAAUCAAAAGAAGGAUGCUUUAUGAUGCGUGGAAAUGACUUGAGAUUCCAAUUUCAGUGUCCAUAAAUAAAACUUUAUUGGAAUGCA